AUGUUUUGGAUUCAUCCUGCGAAGUCCUUUUGUACGGAGUAUGAGAAAUCGAAAGCCAUUGCCGGUAAGAUUGCUUUAGAAGCUGCGUUGAAGGGGGUGCCCAUAGUGCCGGUUUAUCCUGGAGUUAUAUAUGGUCCCGGCAAGGUCAUAGCGGGAAAUGUCCUUCCGUGUUUGGUAAACUGCUCACUUCCUUCUUCAGUUGAACUUGACAGUAGCCGGUGGAUGAUUGUAAAAGGGAAAUGCUAUUUGGAUCUUAUUUGGGGAUCUUAUAUAGCGAUUUAAUGAUGCACAACCAUUGCUCAUAUAAGAGUUUCCUAGCAAAUUCUCUAUAAUUUGAAAGAAUUUGGUAAGCCUUGGGGGUGGUCGUGACCUCCCAGCCCUUAGAUCC